AUGCAGGCGCAAACUUUCAACUGCAGACAUGCCCAAUGGCGGAUUUUCCUGAGCAACUUCAACUUUGAAAUCCACUAUUGCCCAGGUAAACAAUCAGGAAAGCCAGACGCCCUUUCUAGAAGAUCAGAUUAUGUAGAUCUCCCAUCAGAACCAGAAGUCAUGCUUCCAUCAGAAGUUUUUGCAAAUUCAUUGGAAGAGGAAUUAGAAGUUGUCUUGGAUAUUUGCACCAAGCUCAAGGAAGAUCCAUCACUGGAACCAAUUAUCAAAUUCCUUACUGAGGAUGUAGACAACGCACCCCCUUCUAUUUGCAAGGCCUAUAGGGACUAUGACUGGGAAGAAGAUUUACUAUGUUACCGCAGAAAACUAGUUGUCCCAGACUCAGAAGCCUUGAAAGAGCGGCUACUAAGGGAAUUCCACAAUUCACCUUUGGCAGGACACCCAGGUCAACAGCAAACCUUAGAACUACUUGGCAGGAAUUAUUGGUGGCCAGGGAUGAAGUCCUCAGCCAAGGAAUGGGUGGAAUGCUGCCCAACAUGCCAAGCUAACUGUUGUCCUCAUGCGCCAGUCAUUGCCCUGAAGCCACUGGAAGUCCCCCCAUUUCCUUUCCACACAAUUUCCUAUGAUUUCAUUACAGGCUUCCCUAAGUCACAAGGGUUUGACGCAAUCUUAGUUGUCAUAGAUUCCUUUUCCAAAUUUGGCCAUUUCAUUCCUACUUCAAAAAAGGUCACAGCAAAGGGAUUGGCAGACUUGUUUGUUACCCAUGUUUGGAAACUCCAUGGGCUACCAGUCAAAACCAUAUUGGAUUGA